AUGCUGUUCCUAUCAGUCCUCACCACCAUCGCCGCUGUUGGUGGCGUCAACGCUGCCUCGUCAUUUGCUUCAAGUUCUGAUGGCAAGUAUCAGCUCAGCGCCGCUCAGGCGCCCGUUCUGAACGCCGCCAACCCCGGCAUCGACAACUGGAAGUUCACCAUCAAGGAGAAGACGGGCAAGAAGCAGACCGUCAAGGGCUUCGGCGCUGCCGUCACCGAUUCCACGGUGCUGGCGUUCAACAAGCUUUCGGCCACUGCACGCUCUCAGCUGCUCAACGACUUGAUGACCCCCUCGGGCAUCAACUUCAGCCUGAUGCGCCACACCGUUGCCAGCUCGGAUCUUUCAGCUGACCCGGCAUACACUUUCGAUGAUGGCAACGGCAGCGUUGAUACGAACCUGGUCAACUUCAACUUGGGCGACCGCGGCAAUGCCCUGGCGAGCAUGUUGGCUACGAUGCGCAAGCUGCAGCCCAACUUGACUAUCCUUGGAACGCCUUGGUCGCCCCCUGGAUGGAUGAAGCAGAACAGCAAGCUGAUUGGUGGCGGUACCGGCAGCAACAAGCUCAACCACGCAUACGAGAAUGCGUAUGCCCAGUACUUUGUCAAGUACCUUCAGACCUUUGAGAAGGCUGGAGCCCACAUUGACGCCAUCACGAUCCAGAACGAGCCCCUCAACAACAAGGAUGACAUGCCGACCAUGCUUGUCCAGCAGGAUGAGUCUGGUGCUCUGAUCCGCGACAAGGUUGGCCCUGCUCUUCGCGCUGCCGGCCUGAGCACCCAGGUCUGGGCUUGGGACCACAACCAGGACGUCUACUCUUACCCCCAAACCGUCAUGAACAUGGCCAGCCAGUACGUCCAGGCCGCUGCGUGGCACUGCUACGCCGGCAACAACCCCAGCAACUGGACGCCCCUGACGCAGUUCCACAACGAGUUCCCCGGCAAGGAGCAGUACAUGACCGAGUGCUGGACUGCCGUCGGCACCACGGACUGGAUCCACAGCUCCAGCUUCAACAUGUUCCCGCUGCAGAACUGGGCCAACGGAAUCAUCGCCUGGACCCUCGGCUCCUACACCGGCGGCGGCCCGGCCCUCUCCGGCGGCGGCAACUGCCACCAGUGCACGGGGCUCGUCACCGUCAGCCCGGACGGCAGCAGCUACAAGAAGGAGAUUGACUACUACAUGAUGGGCCAGUUCAGCAAGUACAUCCCCAAGGGCGCCGUUGUCGUGGACGGCACAGGAAGUUAUCUGUUUGACGACGGCACCGGCAUGGAGGCUGUUGGCUCGCUGAACCCGGAUGGCACCCGCACCGUCGUCAUCCAGAACCGCUACAACAAGGACAUUUGGGUGCAGGUUGGCACCGAGUCUGAGAGUCAGACUUGGAAUGCGCGUGUUCCUGCGCUGUCGGUUACGAGCUGGAUCUUGCCCAAGGCGUAG